AAAAUUGCUAUAAUUACUUUGAAGCCUUCCCCUUCCCUUUUUCCUCUCCAAAUAACCCCACUUCUCAUUCAGAGCCUUUUCAUUGUAUUACCCCAUUCUUCUCCUAAUAAUGUCCGAUCAGAUCCCUUCCUCCUCCUCUCCAAUGGACCCCUAUGAGUUCCUGAAGAUCUCCCCAAACCCUGAUGGCUCCCUCACCCGCCACUCCCCGCUUCCUUCUGUCCCCGCCUCGGAGUCCUCCUCCGGCGCUGCCCGUUCGAGGGACGUCCUGCUGGACCCCGCCAAGCAGACCUUCCUCCGCAUGUUCCUCCCUGCCACCCAUGCUGCCAAUGAUACCGGCAAGCUGCCCGUGGUGAUCUACUUCCACGGUGGUGGCUUCAUCCUCUUCAGCGUGACAUCCCUGCCAUUCCAUGAGUCAUGUGCCCGCUUGACCGCCCAGCUCGGUGCCAUCGUCCUGUCGGUCGAGUACUGCCUCGCCCCUGAGCACCGACUCCCAGCCGCAUACUAUGACGCGGUGGACGCGCUCAACUGGCUCCGCGACCAAGCGAGGUCGGGCGCCUCGGGCUGCGAUGCGUGGCUGUGGGAGCAUGCAGAUUUCUCCAGGUGUUUCUUGAUGGGAAGUAGUGCGGGCGGGAAUAUUGUCUACCAUGCGGCCCUACGUGCACUCGAUAUCGACUUCUCCCCGGUACAGAUUAGAGGGCUGAUAAUGAACCAGCCCUACUUUGGUGGUGUCGAGAGGACAGGGUCCGAGACGAGGCUGGUCAACGAUCGCAUCUUGCCACAGGCAGCAAACGACCUGAUGUGGUCGCUCGCGUUACCGCAAGGCGCCGAUCGAGAUCAUGAGUACUGCAACCCGAUGACUACCAUGGAACACGAGAAAAUCAGCAGGCUACCAAAGUGCCUAGUCCGGGGAUACGGUGGGGACCCUCUCGUGGACAAGCAGAAGGAGUUCGCCAAGGCACUGGAAGCACGAGGGGCGCAUGUGGUGACCCGGUUCGACGAGGGAGGAUUCCAUGCAGUGGAGCUCUUCGAUCCCACAGCAGCCAAGGCUUUGUUCGAGAUUAUACAUGAAUUUGUGCAUGUUACCUGUGCUUCUGUGAAAUCAACUAUGUAAUAGUAAUAUCAUAGUGAAACAAAUUAAACCAACCACCUAAUAAUGUGAUACUGCUAGUUCCUUUGGUUUUGCCUUUUCUGGUCCCGGUUCUUUUGAGAGCCCAAGGAGAACCCAAUUGGCAUAAGCAAAGAACGCAACAUCAAGAAAACAUAUAUCUUUUCUAGUUUAAGGACCUGUGAGAUGCAUGUAACUUAACUUUUAAUGAUAUACGUGCAAUGAUAGUUUUCAAGCAAUAAUUUGAUUUUGUGA